CACACCUUGUAUACUAGUGCGAUCUACCGUCUAAUUUCCUCACCACUUCGCUGAUGCAGCCACAUGCACCAGAGGCUGUGGUCAUAAGCGAAAAAUAUUUAAUCUGCGUGUCUAUAAUAUGCUGGCCUUCCUGUCCCAGCCUCCCAUAAUGAUGGCAGCUUCUUCCAGACUGACAGAAGAAAUCCGCGUCCAUCCAGCCUUCUUGCGUACAACGCACUCCCGGGUCACCAGGACUUUGACUCGACAAUAUCUGAUGCGAAGCCCACUGCUGAUACUGGAACCGAUUUCUACGACCGCAGUCUGACGAGUCGCAGAUAUGCCCUUGUCGGAGUGGCAUGUACAAGUAUCUUCAGCUGCUUAUGCGUCAUUGCAGGGAUUGUCACUUUAGCCAGGCACGGAAUCGCGGGAGUAACCCCACUCAGCAUGGUGGCAGUACCCCCGACGGCCGAUCCUUAUGAACUUCCUUCUCCUCAACUUUCUCGGCAGGCGGAAAUCUUGACCCUGAUGCUUGACUUAAUCGUCACGUUGUGCACCGAGUCCACAGGCUUCGUACACGGCAUCUCAUUGCGCUCUGCGCUAGCCUCAGAGUCUCGGCUUCGUUUCAACACCAACCUGCGCCUUCUGACCGCAGCUCGUGGAUGGCAUCACCCUAAUGGCGCCCUGCUUAACGUUAUCUCGGCUGUCCUCCUCAUUAUAUCCUACAGCUCGCCCUCACUCAUCGUAUGUGUGGACCAAAAUUACACAGAGACAUUUGAAGCAGUUGUUAGUGAGGGUAUUGCCAUCGCAGGAAUACCUCUCCUCAUUUUGGGCGUCGCACUCCUCCUCCAGGUGAUCAUCGCAUUGUCAGGGAUGCGGGCGGUCAAGAUCUUGACAUGGAGCUCCUCACCUUUCGACGUGACCGCCGCACUCGUCCACCAUACGCAAUUGACCCCUGCUACUUUCCGGUGCAUGCGUCGUGUGUCUGACCUAGACAUGUAUGGAGGACCAGCAAAGCCACCAGAGACACAGCCCUCUGCGUGGCAUGCUCACCCUAGCAUCCGGAAAGUUGUCAUUUUUCUGUGGGUUAUUGUUGCAGCAUGCGCUGGAUGGGCCGCGCUCGUCAUGUAUAUCAGCACCCGUUUCUCUGCCGGUUAUGGUUCUGUUCAUCUAAUCCUACAAACGUGGUCGUUCUUCCAAAAUCCUGAUGGCAAUUACAUUGCAUAUGGUGUACCGAGUGCCGGUAUUGAGUGGUGGAUUGUGCUCUUUGUCAACAUUGCAGCAGUCCAAGGACCGUUGACGCUUGGGCUGCAUUGCUCGGAGCUCAUCGUGAAUGUCAUUCGAGACGAAAGACAGUGGAGAUCCGCUACCAGAAGCCAAGGACUUAGAGUGGCGACGAACCCGCUGAAGCCCAUUUUCACUCAUCCGCUUUGUCUCAUACUUUUUAUCGCAAAGCCUUUCCUGCACUGGAUUUUUGGGCUUUCAUUCGACAUAGCCCCAGACGUCUCUGACGACACCCUAGACUAUUUUAUGAUAUUCAUGUACACUGCUCAGAUCUGGAACUUAUGCAUUGCGCUCUUGAUACUUGCCUGUUUCUUCACUGUGAUCGCACUGCGCAGACCGCACGGUCCCCAGCCAGCUGCAUAUGGCCACGUCCAGACGCUCGCCAACCUCGUGGAUGAGUGGUCGCCUGUGAUGUGGUGGGGACACAAGGAGGAUGGGAUUCCGUACUGUCACGCUGGGACAAGCGAUCACCCGCUGCCGGAUGUGAAGAUGGACUGCGUUUAUGCUGGUUCUGAUGCUGGGUCCCUGGUACCCCUCUCGUGAGAGGUACUUGGUUUGCUUUGUAAAGGGAGUGCUCUGAUU